CCGGGGCAGCCAGCUGGGCGGAGCGCAGAGUGCAGAGCGGCCGGAUCCAGACCGGAAGCCCUGCCGGGUGGGGCCUGGGCGCCGCGACCCCCACCCAUCCCGGCCGCGGGAGGAGGAUCCCUCCGGCAACCCCGCCCCCCCUCAACUGCGGGGAAGGAUCCAUCCCUCCUCGCAAGCUGGAGAUCCUGCCCGGCUCACAGCUUCACUCAGAGACCUUUCUUCUUAAUGGGCGUCGUAUGUAAGCUUUACUCCAGAGUAGCCCCGUUGACGUUAACGAACCUCACUUGGCCGUGUUCAUUAUACGUCUGUGGGUCUCCUCUGAGUAGGGCUAGCAUCGGAUCCACCCCAUAAACUGCGAGGGGGGCGGGGCGCGGCGCUUCUUUGGAUCAGAGCCUUGGAUAUUUUCACACCGAAACCAAAAAUAGUGUUGCACUGCUGUUGUUUGCGGGGGGGGGGGGAAGGCAAAAUCAACAACCAGCUUCCAAAUAGCCUCAGAGCUGGGGCGGGUGUGUGUGUGUGUUUAAUUAUUUCAUUUCCUAAUUUAAUCUCCGCUUUUCAGGCCUCUUGAAGCAUCUCACACAGACUUUUUAUUUUUAAAAAUUAUAGAUUGGUACAGAUACGUAAACAAUAAAUGAUCUUUACAAAAAACCAGCCCUGUAAAAAAUGCAGUAAUAUGGACUACAGCUGGAAAAUCGGGUAUGCAGGACUCUCCCCAGAGUCCUGGGAUCCUCCAGAUACUUUUCCUACCCUUCAGCCCCUCUGUCAGGCUGCUGGGCUGGUGGGGGCUGAUGGGAGUUGUAGUCCAGAGCAUCAGGAAGGCAGCUGGCUAGCAAAGGCUCUCAAAGUGGCCCCUGCAGAAAGAUGCUGGCCAAGGGCACAAAGCGGAAGCGGAUCGAGGGGGACGAGGGCGCCCCCUCCGCGGCCCCCACCAGCUCCCUCUUCAGCCUCUCGGUCUCCAAGCUGCACCAGAGCCUCCAGCACGUCGAGCCCAACCUGCGGCACCUGGUGCUCGUGGCAAAUACCCUGCGGCGCAUCCAGGACGAGAUGCAGCCGGCCGCGGGGGCCCUCUUCCAGCAGCCGGACCCUCCUGCAGCCCCCGCUGGCAGCUCCGUCUGCAGGGAGAGCUCUGGUGGCGCCCUGCCCUGUGCCCUCCAGGACCCUGGCAAGAGGCUGCCUCUGCCACCGCCUUCUCUCACCCCCCACGCGGACGACCUGCUCCUCUCCAGCAUGGACCUCUCGGUCUUCUCCACCAUCCUGGAGGACCUCAGUGGCCUGGAAGGGUUUGGGGACGCCGUGCACCCCUCCGCCGCUCAGCCCGAGGGGGGCCCGCUCUGCUCGGAGCCGGAACGGACUUCACAGCCGUGCUCCUCUGCCCCGCUGGACACCCUGGGCCCCAGCACCUACCUGCUGGAGGAUGGCCUGGAGGGCAUCUUUGAAGACAUUGACACCUCCAUGUAUGACUGUGAGCUGUGGUCACCCACCAGUCUCCCCAGCUUCAAGGAGGCCUUUCCCAGCUCGGAGGACGAGCGGCCAGGCUUGGCGGACCUCGAUUAUCUCAUGGACAUGCUGGUGGAGGCGCAGGAGCUGUGACCUGGGCAGGGGGGGGGGGGAGUGGACGUUCCUGUAGGAGCCGAGUUUCACCUUGGGGUGGAGACACCACUGGUGGGUGGGUGACAAGUGGGCAGCGGAGGGAAAUGGGGGAGUUGCGGUUAGCAUCAGGCUGUAUUCAGCUCAAGGGUUUUUCUCCAAGUAGACUGACUGUCGGUUAAUUUCAGUAGGUCUCUGCUGACUGCAUUGAAACAGCCAGAGCCUUGCGUGGAGAUGCAAAACGGCCCCAUUUACAUCUUCCGAGAAGCUGUUUCCUCAACUUCCUGUAUGAGAUAAUCCCACAAAGGAAGGGGCUCUGCGGCCCCCUUGACAUUCCUGGAGGUCAGAGUCCUGCUUUCCGUGAGAAUCUGGGCACCUCCGAAAGGCUCAAACAGAUUACAGUGGUACCUCGGUUUAAGAACAGUCCUGUUUACGAACGAUUCGGUUUACAAACUCCACAAAACUGGAAGUAGUGUCCCGGAUUGCGAACUUUACCUUGGUCUAAGAACGGAAUCCGAACGGUGGAAGGGCACCGGCGGCAGGAGGCCUCGUUAGGGAAAGCGCGCCUCGAUUUAAGAAUGGUUUUGGUUUAAGAACGGACUUUCGGAACGGAUUAAGUUCGGAAACCGAUGUCCCACUGUAUCUGAUACGACAAGGUUCUGCAACAGCUUUUAAAGGCAGGAAUGUCUCUCCUGCUUCCCAGGGGCGGGGGGGGGUGGGAUUUUCCAUUUGUGGGGGGCUUCCCCCCAACCCCCCCCAAUGGGCCAGAUUUUGACUGAGGUGUUGACCGACUUGUUUGCAAAGAAGCAGCACCUGAGUCUUGGUCGUCCUGAAGGGCCUGUUUGCUGAGCUGGCCCCGCCUUCCCCAUUUCCUCCUCCGCCCUCGGCUGACUCCUCUGGGUGGCAAGGGCAAGAAAGGCAGGGCCAGAUGCUCCCUUGCGUACGUGUGCACACACAGAUGUCUGGUGUAUUGAGAGCUGCCCUCAGCGGCAAACGGUUGUGAGUCUGGGAGGGUAAUUUAUUGUCUGAGUGCCGAGGUCUUGAGCUUGGCAAUCCCAUGUACUGUUUAUGUCUCAUAUCACUUUUUAAAUGACCAAAUUUA